AGUUGGUUGGUGAAAGCUGAGAAGUUGAGUUAGGGUUUUGGUAUCAUCGUUCAGGUCGCUGCGAGCUCUCCCUUUCCUUUCUCUCGCACGUUGGAUCGCCGGAGCUGUUGCAGUCCUCCGCUCGCGUCGCCGCGCGAAGAUUCCUCUGCAUUCGCGCUGCCUCUGACCGCCGGCUACACUUGUCGUCGCAGCCCACGCUUACGCCGCUGGAAGACUCCGUCGGAAGACUGCGUGUCGUUGUUUUCUGCUCCUCGGAGAAUUAGAAGCAGCAAGUCCUUUCCCUUAGUUUGAAAACGUCCGUAUCGGCGAGAACGUGUGGUACUUUCGUCCUCGGGUGAUCAAAUCGACCACAGCAGCAAGGGACCAUUUUUCGUCCACGUUCCUUUGCCUUGUUAAUUUUGGCGAAUCCCAUCGGAGAUUUGACUCAGUAUGGCUUCUAAAGAAUUAGACACAAGUUUUUCAGAGCUACUUGUAACAGAGGGUUCUGAUUCUGUUGGGCAAAGUAACAAAUUGGAGGGUCAAGGAUCAAAUGAUGAUGCUCAAAUAACUUGUUUUACAGAAGAUCUGCAUGAUGUGACAUUCCAUUUUCAGAUUAUAAAGCUAACAAAGCAGAUAUAUGUAUGGAUUGGAUGUAACACUGCUAAGUUUGGACAUUUGUAUGCUGCAGCAAUAACUAGACCGAAUAAAACAGUAGCUGUUACUCCAGUUCUAGGAGGCACUUCUGACAACACUGGGUCUGGCAUUGCUCGUCGAUUAGUGUUAAAGACUGGCCUCAAUAUAAUUGUGGCAUGCAAUAUUCCAAAAGACAGCCCCACGCUUGAGGUGACCGCAGAGAGAAAAUUGUUUGAGAAGCUAAAAAGUUUGGGUUAUAUUAAACCCAGGCCUGAAGGGUUGCCUGUUAGAUCAGCACAUAAUUGAUCAUUUGAGUGCAAUACAUGAGAAUGUCUUGCUUUCUGUAAGACAGAAUUAUCUUCAUACCUGUAUGUAAUUUGAUGCUACAGACAGGAUCAUCAAAUUGCCUUCUUUCAAUCUACUCUAUUCAAUAGGAAGGCAAUAUCCUGCACGGUACUUUCCUAUAUGAAAGGGUGAUUCUUCACAAGAAAAACAUGGUAAUAGAACACUCAAUUCUUCUGGUGUCUCGCCCAUAAAUGCUAUUAUAUGUUAUCUGUUUUAGAGAUCUUUUGGUUUCUUACCCAUAAAUGCCGGUAUAUGAGUGUCUAAUUUCACGCCCUAAUAGUUAAAACCAUGAAAAUGAUUUAGCUUCUGUUUUUGAUUCAUUUGUAUUCUUGCUCAUUGAGAAAGUUUAUGAUAUUAUGGUGGCCCGAUUUGGUGGUCCAGAACUUCUGUUGAGAUUUGUCUUUGUUUGGAGAGGAAGAACAUUGAUUUGAAUGUUGGAAUUAUUCAAAUACUCUCUGUUUUUACAGGUAUAGCAUGGAGAUACUUCGAAAGGGUUACCUUCUUUAGGAGAGCUCUCGUGGUGGGUGAUGUCGAGUGUUGUGUUUUUAUUAGAAGGCAGUGCGAACUUGAAUAAAGGUUUGUUUCCUUGCCCCAUUUGUUGUAAGUUGUGAGGCAUGUAGGUGUUCAUUUUUCUUUGGAUGCAUGUGAUGUAGAUGAGAUCAUUCCUUAUAGUUUCGGGGUGCUUGGGAGAGUAGAUACAUGGUGUCAAAGGUGUGCUCGGUGAAACGAGCUAUAAAAUGGCAACAACUUCGUGAAAAUAAAAAUGUAGAUAUGUUACAUUAACGACUCCUCUAGUGUUAGUUUCACGGAUAUAGAGGAAGAUAAAUAUAGGUAUAUAAGUGUUAGGCGCAUAA